AUGGCAGCAAUGCCUCAAAUAAGUGUGGCCGACCAGGCAAAAUUGCAGCUGAUGCAAGAAAUGGAGAUAGAGAUGAUGUCGGAUUUAUAUAACCGCAUGACCAAUGCCUGCCACAAAAAGUGCAUUCCGCCUCGUUACGGCGAAUCGGAAUUAGGCAAAGGCGAAAUGGUCUGCAUCGAUAGAUGUGUUGCGAAGUAUUUGGACAUACACGAAAAGAUUGGCAAGAAGCUGACCGCCAUGUCCAUGCAGGACGAGGAGCUGAUCAAGAAAAUGUCUAGUUAAAUUUCCCGUUUCUAGGUUUUUGGUCAUAUUGACCCAUCUGUAUAUUUUGUGUAGCUGUUGUCCAGCUACCAAGCCAAAGCGCAUUUCAAUUGUUACGUUUUACACUUACACACACAUACACAUCCAAUUUCACACAGACAGAUACGAAUAAACGGUACGCAACAGA